CACAGUUCAUCCCUCAGAAAACCUCUUGUACCACAUCUCAGAUCCAGAUGAGAGCCCACUGUCUCCUGUCAGAUUCCAUCUGUACGCUGUACGCCUCCUAUUGGUCAGAAUCCACGGGGAUAGUGUGAGAGAAUUCUGAUUGGCCACUUUGGAUGUCACUCAGCCAAGCCGACGACAACGAUUGGAUGCCGUUCCCGGAAUCGAGCAGCUGAUUGGUUGAUAAUUACCUCGCUUGGCUGCUUAGGUGACAGGCAAGUGGUGCUGAUGCUGUGACAAUGGGAGUCAUCCAGAUAAGCAUCAUCUGGACCGAGUGUGCUUAAAAAACACAGCAGCAGCAGCACACGCUUAACUGGCUGUGAAGAGACGGGAAGGCACCCGGGUAGAAACGCGGGGAGGAACCUCCAGCUGCUGCUCUCAAAGGUCUAGAAAUGGGAGUGUUCAGCAGACAGAAGUUUUUCCAGGAGCUAACUCAUGGCUGCCUGCUGCCUACAGCUCAGCAGGGCCUGGAGCAGGUAUGGCAGCUGCUGGUUAUCUGCCUGCUGUGUCGGCUUCUCUGGAUGCUGGGCCUCCCCUCCUUCGUGAAACACCUGGGCACAGUAGCAGGAGGUUUCUACACUCUCUACCUGUUCUUUGAACUUCACAUGAUCUGGGUGGUUCUCCUCAGCCUUCUCUGCUACCUCUUCCUCUUCCUGUGCCGCCACUCUACCAUCAGAGGCACCUUCCUCUCCAUCACUGUGCUUAUCUACCUGCUGCUGGGAGAAUUGCACAUGAUGGACACCACUAACUGGCACAAGAUGAGAGGUUCUCAGAUGGUGGUUGCCAUGAAAGCCAUCUCUCUUGCCUUUGAUUUGGACCGAGGUGUUGUGACCAGCGUACCGUCACCCAUUGAAUUCAUGGGCUACAUUUACUUUGUUGGCACAGUCAUCUUUGGUCCCUGGAUCAGCUUCAACAGCUACAAAGAAGCUUUAGAAGGACGUAAGCUGAGCUUUGCAUGGCUCCUAAAGGUGUGUGUUAGCUGGGUGAAGAGCCAGGUCUGCCUUGUUAUUUCCAACUGUGUUGCUCCCUACCUCUUCCCUUAUUUCAUACCUGUCUAUGGAGACAAGCUGCUACGAAGCAAAAAGAGGAGGAAGAUCAGAGGCACCCCAGCAAAGUGGUUGCUGGCAUACGAGAACACCAUGUCCUUCCAUUUUAGCAAUUAUUUUGUGGGAUAUUUAAGCGAGACUACAACAACUCUGGCUGGAGCUGGCUUCACGGAGGAGAAAGACAACCUUAAAUGGGAUAUGACUGUAUCCAAGCCACUGAAUAUAGAGUUUCCCCGAUCCAUGGUGGAGGUGGUGACAUCAUGGAAUCAGCCAAUGUCUUCCUUUCUGCACACCUAUGUUUUUAAGAGUGCUCUCAAAUUCGGGAUGUUCUCUGCCAUCAUGGUCACAUAUACAGCCAGCGCCCUUCUGCAUGGUUUAAGUUUUCAUCUGGGUGCAGUGCUAAUAUCUCUCGGGUUUAUCACGUACAUCGAGCAUGUGUUGCGGAAGAGGCUUGCAGUCAUUUUUAAUGCCUGCGUACUCUCAAAGAAAUGUCAGCCAAAUUGCACUCACCGGAACAAAAAGAAGCUAUGGGUGUAUAUGAUUAACAUAGCAUUCAGUGCAUUGGCAAUACUCCACCUGACGUACCUGGGCUCUGUGUUCAACUCUAGUGUGGACUACAUGGAGGAGGAUGAGGAUGAUAUAACCCAUCAUACCAUCCAGAAGUGGUCGGAGCUGAGCUGGACGAGCCACUGGAUCACAUUUGGGUGCUGGAUUUUGUACCGCCUCAUUCUCUAAUCAUAAGAGAAACAGAGAAAGCGAAGGAAGCAAUAACAGGGUUUGUAUGGCUGGUUCUCUCCACUCCUGCACUGUGACUUUAUUCUGCAUCAGACCGAAGAGAACCGAAUCAACCUGUAAUCAACGACAAACCAACAUGCAGUGUUCAGGUUGCGCCGCGUGUUGGCUGGGUGAUCAAUUAUUCUAACCUGCUGGGGACUAGUUUUGAUAUCCAUGAAAUGAUAAACCCACUCCCCCCUCCCCUUCUCCCCCGUAUCGCACCCUUUUUAUCAGAGCCGCAGUUGUCGAGCCCUCAUGUUGUGACAGCAGUUACCGAUGUCUCACUGUGAGUCACAAUCAAUACCUAUCAGCAUGGAGGAGAUUGGCUGCUCCUCUCCUCUCUGUGGACACACGAUAGAGCACAUUAUCUGGGUUUCAGCUUCAACUGCGGCAGAUGUCCUCCAGAUGUGGUUUCCCCCUCAUCUCAAGUGUUUUACAAUCGUAGUUUUAGGUCUGAAGGAUGAGGCUGGCGGUUAUACAUGGUUUUCUUAUCUCUAACUAAUCCCAUGAAAUUGAAAAAUUACAAUGUGGUAUCUGUCUUUCAAAACUCAGAUUUUUCUCCAGCCUGUCACAUGGCUGUUUUAAACUGUUGAAUGAUCUGAAACAGCAGGGUGUUAAAGAUUUGAGCAAACAUUUCUCACACUAUACAUCUGUUAUCAUUUGUUUGGAACUAUUUCAGUCGGGUUUCAACACACAUUUCAUGCUCCUGCAUGUUUAUGCAGCAGCAAAACAGUAGCUGUGUCUUCAUUCAGGGGUUACAUCCUUCCAGGGACAUGGGACAGCCAGGUCGAAAGGGAAUUUCCUGUUUGCAUUACCUGCUCCUGACAGUAUGUCACAUAGCAUGCCCUAGUAUUUUAAAGAUAACUUUCACUUUCAAGGCCCUUUCUUUUUAACAUUAGUAGUGGUAGCUAUUCCUUUGAGUUGAAUCAUCCAUCCAUUCAUAGUCUUUUGCUUACCAGGAGCUGGACCACAGUGGCAGAAAGCUAAGCUAGUGAAUCUAGACAACCUUUCCCCUAGCAACAUUUCCAGCUCCUCCUGAGAGAUUCUGAGAUGUUUCCAUAGUUGAAGAGAUAUAUUAUCCUUCCAGUAAGUUCUGGGUCUACCCUGGGGUCUCAUCAAACUUGGAAGUGCCCAAAAGACCUCAAAAGGGAGAACCUCCUUCUUCAAGCUCCCUCCAGAUGUCCCAUAAUACUGCACUUAAAUGAAUUUCAUAUAAACUGAUGAGAAACUGGCUUGAAUGAAAGUGUAGUAGAGUUCCCAUUCUUUAUCAAUAGUACAACCAAGCUUUUCUAAUAUUUAGUGGAAAGGUGAGACACAUAACUUAAUAAUACAAGCAUGAUUGUCCUUGAGACAACUGUAUUUAUUUAAGUUUCUUGACAAAACCUGAAGUUUUGUUUUCUUUGACAUUUGUAAACAUCAUAACUGACUUUUAUUAACCUUGCCUAGUAGUCAUUUUACAGAGCCAUCCUUAACACCAGAUAGUCUGGCUACACACCGCCGCUCUCAGAUGCCCCUUCUUGCAGACCACAAUCAUGAGACACCAUUUUUGUAAGCAUGGAAAUAAACUCUACAACUUUCUUAAUGACAUUAGAUUAAACUUCCAGUUAGGGUUAAGAUAAGGGUUAGGAUACCAAAAACUUAAUGUCGAAAACCUAAGCAAUGGAAAAAUUGCUUUGCACAGGACAGGUGUCUCGGAGGGCAAGGUAUCCAGCAAACAGUUCAAAGAAAACUUUGGCACACUGUCCAAUUUUCAAAAAGGGGGGCAUUCAUUUGAAACGUUUGGAUACCAGACCUUCAUCAGGCAACCUUGAGCUGCAAAACCUGAUUACAAAAUGUUUAAUAAAGAUGAAUAAACAGUCUGCUAAUAGGAAAAGCUUUUCCUCCAUGAAAACACCUUUAAAGCAGCUAGCAUAGCAAAGGCUAUAACUCAUGUUAGCUACAUAAGCUUCACAGGUACUGUAGCUGAAGACUGUACACCUUUUACAGUUUUGCAACACAUUUUAUUCACGCAAAAAGCUGCAAAGCUAACAUAGCUAAAGCUAAUGUAGUUAUGUUUUCUACAUUGGCUUAUGCUCUGUAACCUAUGAAGCUAAGUUACCUACACAGCUAAGUUACCUAAAUAGCUGAGGUAGGUACAUAAGCAUUAGCUAUGUUUGCUUUAGCUACAUUAUUUAUGUUACCUACAUAGCCAAGUAACAUAAGUAGUGAAGUUACCUACAUAGCUAAAGUAGCUAUGUGAAAAUUAGCAAUGUUUCCUUAGCUAUCUAAGCUACAUUACCUACAUAGCCAAGUGACCCUCAUAGCUGAAGCUAAAGUAGCUAUCUAGUAGCAAGCUGCACUGGCUAAAGCUAACUAAGCUGUAUUGCCUACAUUACGUAUGUAGAUAAGUCACCUACAUAGCAAAGUUAACCAAGCUAUUUUACCUAUUUUACAAACGUAGCUAAUUUAUCUACAUAGCUAUAGCUAUGUUUGCUAAAGCUCAUGUUCCCAAAGCUACAGCUUACAUAGCUACAUUGGCUUACAAAGUAACAUUAACUAUGUAGCUGGCAUAGCUACAUUAGCUUGAGCCAAAGCUAAUGAAACUAAAGAGAGCCGCUGUUCAUGCAACUACUUCAAAAACAGGUGUAUACGAAAUGUAAUCCUGCAUAAGACAUUUUUUUAUGUUUUAUUAAUGAAAUGUUGCUUUGUCUAUAAUGUUUGCAAUGGGGUUAUGUAAUCAAUGUGACUGCCAGACUUUGUUUAUGAAUGAAGUUGAAUUUAAAAAAAAUCUAAAACAGGAAAUAUGUUGUACCAAUAAAUAAUGCCAUUUCCGUCAUAACAGAGGCAACUGCUCACAGGAGUGGUCUGCAUGAGGUGGGGUUUUAGAACAGUGGUUUGCAGCCAGACCCCUCUUGUCCUUGAACAUAUCACAAUAUUAUCAUACGUAACCACAAAUUUUAACACUGUAUUUGAUGUUUGACUAGCAGGAUUAACUUACAUUUAAAACUAUAUUAAUUCGCCAUCCAGCUUGUUUUAAUUGCCAUACCAUGAAUACUGCCAUAAAGGAGGCACAUGCAUCCCGUAUUGACUGGGGAGGAGGACUUGUUUAAGGGAGCCUUUGAAACAGGGCAUCCUUCAAUGCACGGCUGUAACAUAAUCAGUCUCCAGAAAGGCUCUCCAAAGAAUCGAGCCCCUAAAUUGAGACACAGCUAUGCAUGGGAUUGACUCAAACAAAACAGUUCACAUUUUUAUUUAACAGGGACUAUUUUAUCCAACAGCAUAAUGUGGCUAUUUUAUACAUCUUAAACUUAAGGAUGACUUUGACAGAAUAAAAAGCCAAAUCAGGCUUCAAAUGUGCUUGUUUUAUGUAUUUCCAUGGGAUUUGUUGAAAUAUAAAGAAUAGCAUCAGACAUUUUUUAAAAGAAGUCUUCUUCAGCAUGUUUAAGAUCAAAAAGAGAGUUUACGUUUGAAUAAUAGGAGCACAGAAUAUGGUUAUAAGGCAUCAAUUAUUAUGUCACUGAUAAUAAUUUUCCCUUUUUGUGAAUUUUAGAGAAAGAAAAUGAACGGCUUAGUGUAUGGAUUAAUUUUUGUGGUGAAUUUCCUAUUGGUGUUUUGUGUUAUUUUGAUAAUUCCCUUUAAAUUCUUUGCAUUAACAUAGAAAAGGUCUUAAAAGUAUUUGUGAACAUUUUAAGCAUUAUUUCACUCUUCAGUAUUCAAACGUUGAUAAUCAGGGUAUUUCACGUUAUCGUAAGGGAAAAUGUUUAAAUCUUUCUUCCAUUAGAUGAAAUUUUAAAGUAUAUGAAAUAUUUAUCCAGAUUUUAUUACACUGCUGCUUUUAUCGAUGCAUUUCUGUGAUUGAGGAAAUAAUGGAGAGCGUCUGUAUCAGAUUGUGUUCACAUUUCUUCAACUUCUUCUUAAAUCUAGAAGGAUUUGCUUCACGAGUAAGACGUAGUGUUUUAGAUUAGAGCCUGAAUGUUCGUUCAUGCCUGAGAACAAGUGCUCAUUCUCUGCAGACCUACUGUAACACCACACAACCCAACAAGUCCAGUAUUUUAGAUAUUGUUCUGAUAUUUACUUUAAGACGACUUUUCUCCCUGUAAAUGUGAAGGCACUGACACACCUGUGAUAUUUUUAUAAAAUUUUACAUGA